UUAGACUUAGAGGAGUGAGUGAGUAAAACAAAACAAACUCCGUUUUGGUUGCGAGUGGGUAAAAAUUGUGUCUAUAGGAUAAGAGAAAAAGAAGAAAGAGAAAAAAAAAAAAAAAAAAAGGAAAAAAGUGGAUGAAGGUGUUAUUAUUACUUACUACUGUCUACUAGCAUCAUCGGGUGGUGUGGUGUUUGAGAGAGAGAGAGAGGGGCAUAUGGAUGGAAGGCCUGGCCAUGCUCAAGUACCUCAUUUCUCAGCUUCACCAACUCUUCCACGAUUCUUCUUCCAUACUUCUUCAACAACAACAACCUUCUCUUCCCACCACCAUCUUCCUCCACCCUCCUCCUCCCACUACCACCACCACCAGAUGGACCUCCUUUGAUAGUGAAGAAGAUAGCUCUGUAGAUGACUGUUGUGACCUUGUAAUGGCAGCUGGAAAGUCUCAUAGUUUCAGGAUAUCGGAGCCUCUAAAGCCUCCACCCGCUAAGAAGCCUCGAAAAGAUCGAAGUAGGGGCAAAUCGUUAGGAAGAUCCUGUUCAAGUGAAGUUAUGGAACAAGAAAUCUGGAAAGAUUUUCCUGAAGAUUUAUUUGAGGCUGUAAUUGCACGACUUCCCAUUGCGGCAUUUUUCCGCUUCCGCUCUGUGUGCCGUCAAUGGGAUUCUUUGCUGGCUUCUCAAAGCUUUUCUCAGCACUGUGCCCAAGUCCCACAAGAAAAUCCAUGGUUUUACACCAUAACCCAUGAAAAUGUGAAUUCAGGAGCCAUGUAUGAUCCUUCUUUGAAAAAGUGGCAUCACCCAUCUAUAUCACCACUGCCCACAAAGUUGAUCGUUUUGCCAGUGGCUUCAGCAGGGGGUUUAGUUUGCUUUCUUGACAUUGGCCACCGUAACUUCUAUGUGUGUAACCCGCUGACUCAAUCCUUCAAGGAAUUGCCAGCUCGGUCGGUUAAGGUCUGGUCUCGCGUUGCUGUAGGGAUGACGGUAAAUGGAAAUUCAGCUGGUUCAGGCUACAAGAUCCUAUGGGUUGGUUGCAAUGGAGAGUAUGAAGUUUAUGACUCAGUGAAAAACUCUUGGAAUCGUCCAGGAAACAUCCCUGGAAGUGUGAAGCUGCCAUUGUCCCUUAACUUUAGGUCACAAGCUGUCGCUAUUGACAGCACGCUUUACUUCAUGCGUUCAGAUCCAGAAGGGGUUGUUUCCUAUGAUGUGGCAACAAGGGUUUGGACACAGUACAUAAUCCCAGCGCCGCUGCAUCUGACUGAUCACACUCUGGCUGAGUAUGAUGGUCAGAUCAUGCUUGUGGGGUUGCUCACAAAGAAUGCAGCCACGUGCGUGUGCAUAUGGGAGCUGCAGAAAAUGACACUCUUGUGGAAGGAGGUAGACAGAAUGCCAAAUAUAUGGUGCUUGGACUUUUAUGGUAAGCACGUUAGAAUGACUUGCCUGGGGAACAAAGGCUUGCUCAUGUUGUCCUUGAGAUCAAAACAAAUGAAUAGGUUGGUUACUUACAACAUAGCUAGGAAGGAAUGGCUGAAGGUUCCCGGAUGUGUGGUACCGCAUGGGAAGAAACGGCAGUGGAUAGCAUGUGGCACUGCAUUUUAUCCAUGCCUGACUGCUGUGGCUUGAUUAUCAUUGUAUUGUAUAUCAAUGGCCUGCCGUUUUCCUCCUCCAUUCUUGUGGUUCUUUGCUAUUUUCAGGCCUUAAGUGUUGUUGUACCUAAUCCCAACGAUCAUCACUAUUUAGCAAAGUAGAUGAAAAAUAAUGUGGGUUUGUGGUGAUUCAUGUUUCUUCAUGCUUGCAAGCAUGUAAACAUUAUUUUGGUUUCAUGUUUACAAAUGUCUUAUUAUCCUGUAACACCUUGGCAAAGGUGAUAUAAAACUGCAGUUUCUUUCUGUAUUCAGUAAGCAAAUUGUUUUCUUGUUCUUAUACAAUA